UGAAAGAAGAAGAUUGUUGCUGUAAGUUUCAGCGGUAUUUUGGGUAAAAAUUCGAAAAAUGUCAUUAAAUACAGCGCACGCAAACGGCGGUGUUCUUAUACACGCCGGUGAAUGUAUAUUACUAUUUUGCGAUAAUGUCACCAUGGAGUUCCAUGGACAAGAGCAACCAGUGUUCCUUGGAAGCAAACGUGGUCGUUUAUACUUAACAACGCACAGAAUGAUCUUUAAUGCCAAAGAUCAAAAAGAAAAGAUGCAGUCUUUCAGCUUUCCUUUUGUAACAUUGAGUGACGUUGAAAUGGAGCAACCAAUGUUCGGAGCUAAUUACAUCAAAGGCAAAUGUCAUGCCCAGCCAAAUGGUAAUUGGAUUGGAGAAUGCAAGUUUAAGUUGCAUUUCAAGAGUGGUGGUGCGAUAGAAUUUGGGCAGGCCAUGUUAAGAGCAGCAGCAAUGGCUCAACGUAAUGGUCCUGGAUCUGAUACUCCACCACCCUAUGAACCACCAACAUCAAGCUGGUAUGCUGCUCCACCACCUGCUUAUCAAGCUGCAGCUACUGGAUAUUAUGGUUGGGUACCACCCACUAAUGUAUUCCCAGAUGUGCCUCCAGCAAACACUGUAUUUAUGACGGACAUGCCACCUCCAUAUCCUGGUAUAAAUGCACCUUAUGCAAGUGGUGUACCACCGCAAGGUGCAUGGGGUGCUGCUGGACAACAAUCUGGUGGAUGGGCACCACCUCAGCAAAAUGGUGCACCUGGAUGGGCAAAUCCGAGUUACAAUAGCCAACCAAUGACCCAAGCAGAUGCAAAAGCAGCAGAAGCUGCUCAAAGUGCAUAUUAUGAUCCAAGUAGACCUCAGUGUGCCUAUGUUCCACCUCCUGCAUACUAUGAGAGUCCACCAAGUUUCCAACAGGCAACAGAAAAGAAGGAUCAGUAAAAUUGCUUUCACGAUUUCUGAAAGCAGUAAUGUAGCAUUGCGCUGUUACUGUUUGAAUAGUAUUAUACGUGUAAUAUACUACAUAGGAGCAGAUAUUAUGCAUUCC